GGUUCAAACUUCAAGAAAAAUAAAAAGUAGUGGUGGUAAAGUAAUAGGUAAAAGUUUCGGGUCACAUUUACAAUUCCAAAUCAAAGUCCAGAGGUGUUUUUGAGACGGAAAAGUCUCAACUCGGAAGUACAUGAUGGGGCUAAUAACAGGAUUAAUAAAAAAGCUGCUAAAGUUGGCAUUAUACAUUGCAGUCUUUGCAAUAGCUGUGGUGCUAAUCCCGAACAUUCCUCCAUAUACUAAAUUCUCAAGCAUCAAAUUAGAACCCACAAAGCCUAGAACAGGUAUAUUGGAAUCGAAUGGGCUUCUAAAUAAUGCUGAACAACUAUAUAAAGGGAAAUUGCUGGGACCAGAAGCAUUCCAAACUUUUAAUGGGGAAUUGUAUACUAGUUUAGCCACAGGAGAAAUUGUGAAACUCACAGCUGGAGGUCAUGUUACUUUUGUAACCAAAAUUGGACAACCUUGCAGUGGACUUGCUUAUGAACAUAUCUGCGGAAGACCAUUAGGUUUUGUUAUCGACGAGAAAACGAAAACUUUAUAUGUAGCUGAUGCAUAUCAUGGUAUUUGGAAAGUAGAUCUAAUCACUGACAAGAAACAAUUACUUGUGUCCCCUCAAGUAGAAAUUCAAGGAAAAGUACCUAAGAUAUUCAACAGCAUCAUUCUGGAUAAGAAUGGGAAUUUAUAUUGGACAGAUUCUAGCGCUGAUUUUUAUUUAAAAGAUGGUGUUUUCAGUACACUAGCUGACCCAUCCGGAAGGUUACUGCAAUACAAUACUGCGAAAAAUCAAAGUAAAGUUGUCUUGGAGAACUUGUGGUUUCCAAAUGGGGUUGUUGCAUCCCUUGAUAAUCAGUUCAUUGUGGUAGCCGAGACCUUCCGCUACCGAUUGCUGAAGUACUACAUUGAUGGGCCGCAUAAAGGAAACGCAGAAAUAUUUGUCUCUGGACUGCCAGGUACUCCAGACAAUUUACGCGCGCUACCUGAUGGAUCUGGCAUACUGGUGGGAUUGUAUACAAUGUUCAAUGAUGAUAAUCCGCUGCUCACGAAGUCCAUGUCAGAAACACCGCACGUUAGGAAGCUUAUCGCUCGCUUGUACAGGCUCAUCGAAUUACCAUUUGAAUAUCUAAACAAAGUCUACCCACACUUUUUAUUCGACGAAAUUACUUAUUACAUUGGGCAUUUCAAAAGCAUCUCUGGAUUAACUCCAGCUUUUUCUGGAUUAUUACAAUUAGACUGGAAUGGGAACAUUGUAGCCUUGUACGACAAUACUGAUAGUACUUUAGGGCAUAUAAGUGAUGGCAUCGUCUACAAUGGAAAAAUAUACACUGGCUCUCCUAAUAAGCAGGAUUUUAUAGGGGCAGUUCCUGCUCCUCCGCAACUAUUGAGAGCUUUUUCUAAAACAGUAGAAACUAAAGAAAUACCAAAAACCGCAUCUAAAAUUGAACAAACGAAACCAGUACAGAAAGAAGCUAAAGUAGAAAAAAGAGAAAUUAAGACUGAAGCCCCGAAGCCUACUGAGCAGCAUAAACCGACCCAAAAACAGCACGAGAAAAAACCAACGGCGGAGGCUCCACAAAAAUCUCAACCAACUGUACAACCGCCAAAACCCGCCGCUAACAUCGAACCCAAAACAACAUCCAAACCUGAAACAAAACCAACCCCUAAACCAAGUUCACAACCAUCCAAACCAGAAACUAAAACAACUAAUAAACCAGAAGCUAAACCAACGCCUAAACCAGAAAUUAAACCAACGCCUAAACCAGAAAUUAAAACGACUCCUAAACCAGAGACUAAACCAACGCCUAAACCAGAAAGUAAAAUACCUUCUAAGCCAGAGACUAAACCAACACCUAAACCAGAAACUAAAACAACGCCUAAACCAGAGGCUAAACCUACGCCUAAACCAGAGACUAAAACGAUUCCUCCAACUUCUAAACCGGUAACAAAACCAACGACCAAACCAGUAACGGAAUCUUCCAAGCCCGAAUUAAAACAAACUCCAGAUGUAAAGCCAACUCCGAAGCCUGAAAUAAAGUCGUCUCAAACACAUAAAACUGAAAGUGCCCAGGUACCAGACAGAAAAGAAAAUCUGGUUCAAAAAGAUACUCCAAAAAUACGGGCAGGUGUAAAAUCUGCCACACAAGAAAUACCUAUAAAAGAAGAGAUACCAUCUGACACUGCCAAGCCGAACAAGGAAACAUUGAAAGUCAUUAAAAAAGAUGGUCCUACAGAGAUUCCGAAUCCUAAUCUGUAGAGACCUCGAGGUUGUUUUUAAAUUUGAAUGUGAAGGAUCUCUUUGAGUAAUUUUAUAUUUUUACUAACUAAUCAUUUCGUUUAGAAAUUCUAAAUUAUUUCCAAAUCAAAAAUUAUAUCUGAAAAUCAUUCCAAUUUCUCAUUCCUCAGUUGUAGAAAACCUAAGUAGUAAUGAACAUAAUCGUAGAUAUAUAAUAUUAUACAUGCGUUUAUGAUUAUUCACAAUUUGUGUGACCGUAAUGUUUGUAGCAUAAUGAGAGUAUUUAUAGUUAGCGUAUUUAUAGUUUAACUAUUUUAUUAUAUUUUAUAUUUAUAAAGAAUGUUGUGAAUUUUAAAUGAAUGAAGAUCAUGGACCAAUUUUAUAAUCCAAUUUUUAUAGAAUGAUGGUACUGCAAGUUUUAUGAAAAAAAUUCGAUUUAACUAAAAAAAAAAUAACGUACAAAGGUUUAAAAAAAAAAUCUGCAGCAAGGCGCACACUAUUUUAGUACUAAAAUUCGUUAUAUUGGUAAUUUCGUUAUUACCACAGAGAUAAAAAGUGCAGCACUUUCGAAUGAGCUAGUUGGAAAUGUGAAGCUAUUUGACAAGCUGCUAUUAAAAUUAAAUCGAAUCAUUCAUUACAUUUGUCAUCAGUUAACGACGUUUAUUUUAUCGCGUAUAUGAGCAUCAGUUAUCGUUUAUUACAAGGUCGCCGAAAGUUUUACAAUCAAUGCAAAAAAAGGAUAAAUAAUAUCACAAUAAUAUCACACACUGUGUCAUUUAACUUUAAAUCAUUUUUAUUUUAGAUACCAUAGUUACCAUAAAUCAAGUCCUGAAUCACUUUUAGGUUUAAUGUACAAUAAUUCUAAGUUAUUCUAGCCUUCAUUGUUAUUUUGUGAUUUUUAUCCAUUUUGAUUGAUUUCGUAUCAAAAAAAGAGCAAUAUAAGGGCAAUAAAUAAAUUAUUUACUAAUAAAUAUAUACCUUUGUAUCAAAAAGUUUA